AUGACAGAACAGUGUGUGGAUCAGCAGGCGUCUCAGGAGGAUGUCAGGAGGACUGAAAGGGCAGCUGCAGAGCAUGAAGGCAGAGACUAUCACUCUGAUUUGGAGGAUGUGACAGAGGAGCAUCAGCAGAUUGACAAGAUGGUGGUUGAACCUCUUCAGGCUGCAGAUCAGGACCAACAGGAGCCGUCAGGCAGAAGGAAGGCGGCGUUGGUCAGGUCAAAAACUUUAGACAACUCCAUGCUGACUCACGUCCAAAUAGAUUUACACUCCAAGAUAGAGAGAAAGAAGUCGCACUACAGCCAGCUUUCGAAGAGCAACUGCCAGUACCAUAAAAUAUUUAAGGAGAUCAGCAAAGAGGAGCAGCUGAGACAGAGUUACACCUGCGCCCUGCAGAAAGACAUCCUCUACCAGGGGAGGAUGUUCGUCUCUGAUCACUGGAUCUGCUUCCACUCCAAGGUUUUUGGCAAAGACACCAAGAUUGCCAUCCCUGUGACUUCUAUCACCAGCAUUAAGAAGACCAAGACUGCCAUCCUGUUGCCAAACGCUCUGGUGAUCGCUACCGGAAGUGACAGAUACGUGUUUGUGUCCUUCCUGUCCAGAGACAACACCUACAAGUUCCUGACAUCGGUUUGUCUCCACCUAGAGGUAAGAAGGAGUAAUCCACGUCAACCAGGUCAGGCAGAGAAAACAGGUCUUUUUUCCCCCCAGCAUUUUAUUGUCAUUCCACUAUUAUUAUUUAUUAUCCUCAGCCACCAGCAGAGGGAGCCAGUGCUCUUUAGAAGGGGCUCAGCCUGUUUCCUGCAGAGUGAUUUCGUUGACUUGGAUGUAGCCGUGAGACAAAGAAGGCAGGAGAUGGAGGAAAACAGCAGCUCCGACUCACAGGCUCCAGACUACGACAAGAUAGCUGACCUGCCCAUUCCUCAUUAUCUGGACGCUCUGAAACAAAGCGUGAAGACGUCUUCUCCAGAGCAGCAGCGCAAAGUGAAAAAGCAGCCUCUGACCCAGCAGAGCUCAAAGCGUUCAGGCUCUGAAGUGGUGAUUAACAGCAGCGUGAAAUCAGUUUCUCUCAACACUCUGCUGAUUAUCUACAUGUUUCUAAGCGGCUUCCUUUCUGGGAGUGCUGAUGGCAACAUGGAGCUCUUCUCUGAGCUGCUGACCAUUAACCUGCUGAAACUGGAGAAGACCUACCCUCGGUCUGAUGGUGGGACAGACCUGCUCUGGCUCUUAUUUUGGGACAGACCUGCUUUGGCUCUGACGGUGGCACAGACCUGCCCUCGGUCUGAUGGUGGGACAGACCUGCCCUCGGUCUGA